AUGAGCGCCAUCCUCUCCGCAGACGACCUCAACGACUUCAUUUCGCCUGGUGUCGCCUGCAUAAAACCGGUCGAGACACUUCCGAAAGACGACGACGUCAACCCUUACGAAGUGACCACCGAAGAUAAGCUCCAGACCAAGAACCCAGCCCCAGCUUCGAUUUCCCUAACCGAUUGCCUCGCCUGCUCCGGAUGUGUUACCUCUGCAGAGGCUGUUCUCGUUUCGUUACAGUCGCAUACUGAAGUUCUAAAUACACUCGAUUCAUAUCCGUCGCUGGAUGUUCGGUAUCUUAUCAACAGGCAAAAUGGCCUUACGAAUGGACACGUAUCCCCACCUUCAAAUGCGAAACUCUUCGUUGCCAGCGUGAGCCCGCAGGUUCGGGCCAGUCUAGCUGCGACUUAUGGCAUCUCCGAACGAAGAGCUGGAUUCAUGAUUGAACAGUUCCUUAGCGGUUCACAAGGCUUGCGGAUAGGCGGUCCGCACAAUAGCGGAUUUACUUAUGUGGUGGACACCAACCAUGCCCGGGAAGCGUGCCUGGUCCUAGGAGCCGAAGAGGUGGCGGACUCAAUAACAGCAAGGUCGAAGCCUAAGCCGAUACUGACUUCAGCGUGUCCGGGUUGGAUAUGUUACGCAGAGAAGACACACCCUCACAUCCUUCCGCACCUCUCGGCAUUGAAAUCUCCACAGGCGUUGUCGGGCACACUGCUCAAGUCAGUGCUGAGCAAGACGUUGGACAUCCACCCCUCGCAGAUAUGGCAUUUGGCCAUAAUGCCCUGUUUUGACAAGAAACUUGAAGCCAGCAGAGAAGAACUCACAGAUCGCUGGUGGCGACAUUCCGAUCCAAUGGACACUGGCUCGCCUCCAAUACGAGACGUCGAUUGUGUGAUCACUUCCCGUGAACUUCUCUCCCUCGCCUCGGCUCGCGGUAUCCAACUCUCCAACCUUCCACUCAGACCUCUCUCAUCCGCCGAACGCACUCCGUUUCCAGACGCAGACGUCUCGCGCUUCCUCUUCCCCAAACAACGCCGACAGCACAACCAAGAGCAAAGUGUGACUGCCGGCUCUUCAGGCGGUUACCUUUACCACAUUCUCUCAACGGAACAAUCCCGCCACCCAGGCUCUACCAUUUCCGUUCAACGGGGUCGCAACGCUGAUGUGGUGGAAUACUCCCUCGUUGCCCCCACAGGCCAAGCUCUUAUGAAGUGUGCACGAUAUUACGGUUUUCGAAACAUUCAAAAUCUCGUCAGGAAAUUGAAACCCGCACGACAGAGCAAGUUGCCUGGCGCUGCGAGACGAAUGAAUCCGACAGGCGGAAGCGGUGCUGCAAGUGACUACGCUUAUGUGGAAGUCAUGGCUUGCCCUGGGGGUUGUACGAACGGCGGCGGCCAAAUCAAGGUUGACGACGUGGUGGACACACUGCCCCAGACACGGAGCGAUGAUGUGGUCAACAGUGUGAGUGGGCCGCAGAGUCAGAAGGAAUGGCUGAGACUCGUGGAUGAGGCUUAUUACUCGGCUGAUUCUUCGGAGGACAUCAACACAAGCGAGGAAGAAGGAGAGGACAUAACGAUGACGAAUGGCAUCAGCUAUCUGAGCGGGCACGAGAAGAGCGAACGAACAAUCAUCAACGGAAUCAACACCACCGAAGUCCACGAGUUUCUGUACCAUUGGUCCCGCCUCGUCAACGUACCACUCUCAAAGCUGGCAUACACAACUUUCCGAGAAGUCGAGAGCGACGUGGGCAAGAACAAGCCCGCCAGCAAGAUGAGCGAUACGGAGCGCAUCGCGAGUAUUGCCGGGUUAAGCGGCGGUGGAUGGUGA